AUGAGGGAUUUGAGGAUUAAGGACAGGACGAGUGAUUUGAGGAUACAGGACGAUGCAAUAGCACUAUCGAUACUGAUAUUUAUGUGGCAGUCGAAAGAUUUGUUAUGGCAGACUAUAGUAACCAAACAAUGCGAGAAAUUCUAUUUAGCACUACAACGUCUACAAGAUACGUGCUCGCUUAUAUUAAUGUCAAGUUGUUCAGAUACUGAAAGAAAGCUGUACAAGAACGUGCUGCGCCUGCACCGCGCGUCGUUCAGCAAGAUCCGUGUGUGCAGCCUGUUCUACGUGGACGCCGCGCUGCAGCUGAGUCUCAUGAGCCAACUCACUAACUACAUAAUAGUGUUGCUACAGUUUGCUAUACUGUAA